AUGGGUUGUUUGUGGUCUUGGUUUCGUCCCUGCUUUCUUCUUCUAAUUCCACUGCUCCAUGAUGUGGUUGACGGCCAGCCUUUGGUUCCUGCAAUGUUCAUUUUUGGAGACUCAGUUGUGGAUGUUGGUAAUAACAACGACCUCCUCACCUUAGUCAAAUCCAAUUUCCCUCCUUACGGACGAGACUUUAUCAAUCAUAAUCCAACCGGCAGGUUCUGCAAUGGAAAGCUUGCUUCAGACUUCACUGCUGAAAACCUCGGCUUUACUUCUUACCAACCAGCCUAUCUUAGCGGAGAAGCCACCGGAAAAAACCUCUUGAUUGGUGCCAACUUUGCUUCAGCUGGUUCUGGCUAUUAUGAAGCUACAGCAAAGUUAUUUGGUGCAAUUUCACUGAGCCAGCAGGUACAGUACUACAAGGAAUAUCAAAAUAAGGUGCGAGGAAUUGGAGGCAAAGUGAAUGCUACAUUAAUCAUAUCGGGUGCAAUAUACCUCGUUAGUGCUGGGAGCAGUGAUUUUGUUCAAAACUACUACGUUAAUCCUCUUCUUAACAAGGUCUAUACGGCAGAUCAGUUCUCUGACAUUCUCAUGCAAUCCUAUGGAAGCUUCAUACAGAAUCUAUAUGCCUUGGGAGCACGGAGAAUCGGAGUGACCACCCUGCCGCCACUUGGAUGUCUUCCGGCGGCCAUCACACUAUUCGGAUUGGGCGACAACGAGUGCGUGGCUAAGCUUAACAGCGAUGCAGUCUCAUUUAACAACAAGCUAAACGCCACAUCCCAGAAUUUGCAAACUAAGCUGCCCGGACUCAAGCUGGUCGUCUUUGACAUCUACCAGCCUCUCUACGACCUCGUCAUGAAGCCAGAAGACAGUGGAUUCGCUGAGACAAGGAGGGGUUGUUGUGGAUCUGGGUUGCUGGAAACAUCAAUACUAUGCAAUGCCAAGUCCAUUGGCACAUGCGCCAAUGCGUCUCAGUAUGUGUUUUGGGACGGGUUUCAUCCUUCGGAGGCCGCAAACAGGAUUUUAGCAGAUGAUUUGCUGAUUAGUGGCAUCUCCCUCAUCUUCUAAACCAACGCACUAAAUUUAGUAAUUUACAAUACCAAAAUUAUU